AGGGGGAACCAGCUCAGCGGCCGCCAACUGGCGCCCAGCGCAGCCGCGAACACUGGAAGUAGAGUCCCAGGUCCUGAGUGCGCGCUGCGGGGCAUUUGCUUCUUCGGCGCCCGGGUGACCCGAGUCCUCCCAUCCGCACCCCUUCUCCACUUUUCCCCCCGUUUGCAAUCACAUGGCAUUUUAAGAAUGCUGGAAAGAUGGCGGUAGCGGCAGCGGCUGUGGCUGCGCCGGCUGGUGGGGGAGGCGGCCGGGCGCAGCGGAGCGGACUGCUGGAAGUUUUGGUGCGGGAUCGCUGGCAUAAAGUUCUGGUGAACUUGAGCGAGGACGCCCUGGUGUUGAGCUGCGAGGAGGGCGCUGCGGCGUACAACGGCAUAGGGACUGCCACCAAUGGCUCGUUCUGCAGGGGCUCCGGGACCGGGCACCCGGGCACCGGUGUCGCUCAGCCCCCGGAUUCUCCCGCUGGGGUCCGCACUGCCUUCACCGACCUCCCCGAGCAGGUGCCCGAGUCCAUCUCCAACCAGAAGAGGGGCGUGAAGGUGCUGAAGCAGGAGCUGGGCGGGCUGGGCAUCAGCAUCAAGGGGGGCAAGGAAAACAAGAUGCCCAUACUCAUCAGCAAGAUCUUCAAGGGGCUGGCGGCGGAUCAGACCCAAGCCCUGUAUGUGGGCGAUGCCAUCCUGUCGGUGAACGGAGCGGACCUGCGGGACGCCACCCACGACGAGGCGGUGCAGGCGCUGAAGCGCGCAGGCAAGGAAGUGCUGCUGGAAGUGAAGUACAUGAGAGAAGCCACACCUUAUGUGAAGAAAGGAUCCCCUGUGUCUGAGAUUGGUUGGGAAACACCUCCACCUGAGUCCCCUAGAUUAGGGGGUGGCUCUGCAGACCCUCUGUCAUCUCAGUCCUUCUCCUUCCAUAGAGACCGGAAAAGCAUUCCCCUCAAGAUGUGUUAUGUCACCCGGAGCAUGACCUUGGCUGACCCUGAAAACAGGCAGCUUGAAAUUCACUCGCCGGAUGCUAAGCACACUGUGAUCCUGAGGAGUAAGGACUCAGCCACUGCCCAAGCCUGGUUCAGUGCCAUCCAUUCCAAUGUUAGCGACUUGCUGACCCGAGUGAUUGCUGACGUCAGAGAGCAGCUGGGGAAGACAGGCAUUGCUGGCAGCCGCGAGAUCAGGCAUCUUGGCUGGCUUGCAGAAAAGGUGCCAGGAGAGAGUGAGAAACAGUGGAAACCAGCCCUCGUUGUUCUGACUGAGAAAGAUCUUUUAAUCUAUGACAGCAUGCCACGAAGGAAGGAGGCCUGGUUCAGUCCAGUGCAUUCAUAUCCACUUCUUGCCACCAGGCUGGUCCAUUCAGGUCCAGGGAAAGGCUCACCCCAGGCUGCUAUGGAUCUGUCCUUUGCCACACGAACUGGUACCAAGCAAGGAAUUGAAACACAUCUCUUCAGGGCUGAGAUCAACAGGGACCUCUCCCACUGGACAAGGAGCAUCGUGCAGGGGUGCCACAAUUCAGCUGAGCUCAUUGUGGAAAUCACCACUGCCUGCACCUACAGAAACCAGGAAUGCCGUUUGACCAUACAUUAUGACAACGGAUUUUCUAUUUCCACUGAGCCUCAGGAGGGUGCCUUUCCCAAGACAAUCAUACAGUCCCCUUAUGAGAAGCUCAAAAUGUCUUCAGAUGAUGGAAUCAGGAUGCUCUAUCUAGACUUUGGAGGCAAAGAAGGCGAGAUUCAACUGGACCUUCACUCCUGCCCCAAGCCAAUCGUUUUCAUCAUCCAUUCCUUUCUGUCUGCUAAGAUUACACGACUGGGCUUAGUGGCCUGAACAGAGAGGCGACUUGCCUUAGGAAAGGAAGCCUGCAGUGUCACAGGAGUGUGACAUCAGGCAGUGCACCGGAUGUAGCAUGCACAGCCAGCUUCAGGUCUCAGGAGUCACAUGUAGCAUCCCAGGCUCCUCUGUUAGUUUCAGGAGCAACAAGGGACACCCUAAAGAAAAAUGCCACAGGGAUAUCAGAAUAAAACUUCAUAGAACAGAACAAGGUUAAAGAGAUGAGGGCAGAUGAAUAUACACAGCAUAUCUUUGAAAUGAUGACAACCAAGGACACAGCCAUUACAACAGCAUGUGCAGAUGUUAAUCACACCAGUUUCUAGGCAACUGGUUCACCCAGGGAAGCCAGAACAGAGCAGAUGAGAAAUGGAUAGUUUCACCUAGUCCUCUGUCCCUGGCUAAAAAUGAUCCCUUGCUUCCUUGUGAUCUAGUUCCUGAUUCAAGUUGAGCUAACUUUCAGUGUUAAGCAAAACAACACCACCAACACCCAGCUUUCUAGUAUAUGUGCUGCCAAAGCGAGCACUAAUACCUGCCUUUUAUUUAAGAAUGAAGCCGUUGUCACUUAAUUUCCUUAAUGAGUUUCCUUUCAGCUGGUAUAGAGUGAUUCCAAAGUGUUCUCAUUAGCAUAGCUGAACAGAAAUGAAAUAAAGCGUUGGAUACUGACCUGAGCUUUAAGCUGGCGGAAUCUGAGCCAAAGUGGACUGUUUGAAUUACAAAGCUAUCCUGAAGAGUCGUUCACACAAAUGGUGAUUAAUUCCGCAGCUACACUUACACCCAUGGAUGCUGUCUCAGAGCCAAAACUCUUACUCUUAUUUACAGAAAUGAAAUUCUGGGCAAAUUUUAAAAAGAUUGUCAUUACACACACACACACACACAGAGAGAGAGAGAGAGAGAGAGAGAGAGAGAGAGAGAGAGAUACACACCACUGGUCACAUAGUUGGGGGUUUAAUGGCAUUUCACAGUGUUCAUGGAAGUGUCUCCGAGUGGUCCUUGUUUCUGCCUAUUCUCACAUGCAUGCAUUUUAAGUAAUGGAAACCAUUUCUCAGUUCUUGAUGAUGCUGUUUCAGACAUACAGAACCAGAGGUAUAGUCAAAUCUACAGAUAACAUCGACGUUAAUUUUGAAAUUCCAGAGGAAUGACCUGAUAUUUUUCUACAAGAAUAUUUUAAGUCAGUAUUUAGCCUCUUAAUACUUAUUGGUUUUGGUGUUUUUGCCUUUCAAGAUUCACUCACUAAAAACUACACCCAUUAUCUGAUUUUGGAGUUACUUGUCAGAAGCCCUGAAAAAUAUCCCUAGAAUUUAUGAAUUUUUAGUAUUUAUUUUCCAUGUAGUUUUACAUUAGCACAUGCUCUGCAUUCUGCCUAUAUGUUGAAGAGUCCUAGUUUAGCAGAUACUUAUACAAAGUGAAACUGCCUAAAGGCCCAUGACUAAGCUUCCUUAGAUUUGUGUGUUUAUAGAGCUGCAGUUGCAUUUUAAACUAUCAUUUCCCCAAAGCACUUCCCAUACAACACCAUUUCCAAGGGACACUGAAUAGUGUUCUCACAUGGAGGGUGUGAUAUAGGAGCUUGAUGAUAAAAAAUUAUUUGCUAAGCUCAACUUAAGACUUGUAAGACCCUUGCUGGGAUUAUUAGCCUCCUCAAAAAUUCUGGUCUUCAUGGGUCACAGUCUUCAAGGUAGAGUUGAGGACUCUGUAUGUCUUGCAUUUCUUUGUAAUGGGGUGUCUGUGAAGCUAGUUUUUGUUUGUUUGGUUUUUUUUUUAUAGACAAAGCUUUAGGAAACACCGCCAUAGGACAUUAAUCUUUGGUUGGUUUCCUAUUUUAGAAUGUUGAAGAGUAGAGGCCAGCUUCAGUACUGGGAGAAAGCAUUGAUAAAUUUGUAAAUUGUAUUGUACUCUUUCACACUAUAUAUUUUCAGAAAUCACUGGAAUGUUGUUAUACAAGAGAAUUAUACUUAUGUAUUGUAAAUAACAUGAUACAUAUAUUAAUUCCAAUAGUUUAAUUCAACAAUAUGUAAUCUAAGGUGCUCGGUACUACAUGAAGUUUGAGUUAAUUAUUCAAGUUGCAAAGAUUCUAUUAUAUAUUUAUAGACAAAUUAAAAUGACCAUAAUUACAGAAUAUAUUGUUUCUUUAUUGCUUAAGUUUUAGACUGAUUAAUAUCUGGGUAAGAGUCAACAAAAAGUGUCUUUUCCAUUUUUAAAAUUUUAAUUUAAAUAUUUAUAUUUUAGCCAAAAUAUAUUUGAAUAAAAUCAAUGCAUUUUCUGAAGUAAAUUAAAAUGUGUUAUUAGCAAGAAAUAGAAAACUUUAUGAAGAGAAUUGUGUAUAUGAAUGAUUUUUUCUCCUAAUUAAAGUAUACCAUAUCAAAGUGAGUACGAUGAGUCAAUUUCAAAUAUUCACUUUUAUUUCUCAGCUUGGAUUUUAAACAUGAUAUUUAAAUAAUGGCUUUACAGCUUAUUUUUCAUCUUGUCUUAGGUGUUAGUGGAUGACACAAACUAAGUCUGCCUCAUGUCUUGGUCAAUGAACCAGUUUGGUCAUUUGGGAGAAACUGACUUUUCAAAUUUGCUUUGUUCUUAGUUGCGUGAAUUACAGAACCCAUAAUGCUUGUCCCUAAAUGAAAACCAGAACAGACGAACAAUCUUUGCUUGGUAGAUUCUUCCUCAGUUGCCAGAAGGAUAAAUUCAUUAUUCUGGGAAUAUGUCCCUGCUACUCACCUUACAGGCAUUUAAAGAAGGCCGGGGGAUAGAGAUGAUGUCAUCAUUUUUUUCCUAACAUGAGCUAAAUAGUAGAAAUCAAACUAUACAAUUAUUAUGAACUACCCAGAUAGAAGUAUUUAAUAAGUGGCAUGAAUGAGGCACGGAAGUGAUUUGUGGGUAUCUUUUGAAUUGUUUUUUUAAAUCUGCCUGUGUUUAUAGUCCCCAUGAAUGUCAUGUACAUAUAAACUAAAUAAAUAUUUGCCUCCGAUCUCCAAUGCAUAAGCUUAUAUUUUAAAUACAUCAUGUGCUGGACUGACUGAAUGGUAGCUUAAUAACAGUCUCAGAGAACUGUGUGACUAUGAAGAGACAUGUUAUGUUCCCAUCAAGAUCGGUCUUACAAAUGGUGAUUGGGUAAGGGAAUACCGCUAGCAAUUUCUGUGCUCAUUUUAUUUCAGAACCCAUUUAAAAUACAGACAGUAUUUUAUGGAAUGUUGACAGAUUCCUCAAGAUGUUAGUAUUUCUCCCUAAAUUAUUAAUCUGAAUAUAACUUCAGAUGGGUUCAUCUACAUCUUAGGGCUCUCAUUUUUAACUACAAUGUGACCGCUGCACUAAGCUUCAAAUACUUCAAUUCUCUGUUGUACUAUGGUUGGCUUCUGUUGUAAUUUCUUGCAAUAAAUAUAAUCGGCUCGUGUUUAGAAGUCAUUGCACUAUUUGGAACUUUAGCGGUAUUGAGAUCAGAUUUAGAACCAUAGAGUCUGAGGGUUCAAAAGUCCUAGGAGCUGUGAAGCAUAUUUUGCUCAGUUUAUUCCAGCGGUGCUACUUUCGUGCAUUAAUAAGGCGUAUCAUCCGCUAGUAACACAGCGCUGUGACGUUGUCAGAGAAAGUCGGAUAGACACCAAUUAACACUUUUGUAAUGUUCACGCCACCUAAACUCAUCUCACCCGUACACCGUGUCCCAGGCGCUGCACUGGCAGCACUGACCUUGUGGCAGGUGCCGCUGAGCUCAGGAAUCUCUCCUUGAACACUUCGCUGCUGCGCACCCAGCCUGAAAUUGAAAAUUUCCAGGAUGAGGAGGACGCUUCUUAUCUCGCCAUGCAGACCCACUCAUUUGCUGGCUGGCUAGAGUUGUUUGAAAGGCCCUGCAUUCUCGGCGCCAAAACUUCUAUUUGUCUACCCUUCAAUCGUGACCCCUGUUUUACCCUAGAAAACACUGGAAGCCCAAUUUCUCUUCUACAUAAACGUCCUGUAUACAGAUAGAAGUCCAGGUUGACAACAACCAACUAAGGGAAGACAGGCCGUAAAACAGCUUUUAAUCGGACAUUUGAAAAUCCUCCUUUUCAUCUUUAAAAAAAAAAGACCACGAUUAAAACCUUCUCAGAUAUCUAGUGAUGGAAGAUCAGAACAGGCAUGAAUAAAGCCACCAAUAAGGAUAAUUGGCAAUAAUUUGGGGAGCAAUUUGACAAACCUUUUGACUAUGAGCUAUGAUUGCACAAAUGCAGAAAACCUAAUGUAGAAAGAUCAUCUCUGCAGCAUUUGUAACCAGCUGACAAAAGGUAUAUCAAUACAGUAUUCAUGUACACCAAUAGCUGGCACAUUGAUAUGUGUGAAUGUUCUGCAACUGUCAGUGUUGGCACAGAGAAAGAAUCGUAAAAUCUCAACAAGAUUCAAAUUUUCCUUAAGGUUCUCAUGAAAAGCCACAAGCAAGCACCACCAAAGGACUACAUACUUCCUGUACCCAAUGAGGGGUAUUUCAAGAACCUGUGCUGUUGGGUAUCAUCAUGAGUAGGAGGAAGGAACUUGGAAUUGGUACUUCAUGAGAGUUGAUAGCUAUCCCUGCUGGUGACGGCUCCUUAUCAAAUGGAAAUAUUUCUUCAUACACUUUCUGUAACCUCUGAGAUUCUUGUAGAUUAAAAUCCCUGUUAGUAUCUGA